CUUUCGUGGAUUGCGGUUGCGAGCAGGUCGAAGUUGUUCCAACUAUAUUUGGAUUUGAGGUCAUUUUGUAGUUCACUAGGUUAAAGUUGCAAAGGAUCCUGUUGGCAGUCUCAUUGAAAUGUUGAUCCAAAAGUUAUUUUGUUGUAAACACUCAGGACUAUUUCUACGCUCUGUUUUGAAAAAGUGGACUCAGGCAAAUAAACGUGAACUGUCCCGUAUCAGUGAACAUUACCCAAAACAGUACACCACAGCAGCUCCAGAACAUGUGGUUUAUGUUUCAAGAUCAAAAAAUAUUUUUGAAAAUCUUGCCUUGGAGGAUUGGAUUUAUCAAAAUGGAGAUUUAGAAAAUAAGAACUACUUGUUGAUGUGGAGUAAUGGGCCUGCGGUUGUGGUAGGUCUGCACCAGAAUCCAUGGAUGGAGUGUAAUGUGGAUAGAAUCCUGGCAGAGAAUGUUGAUCUGGCUCGGCGGAAGAGUGGUGGGGGAACGGUAUAUCAUGAUGAAGGGAACCUCAACGUCAGCUUUAUCAAGAGUCGACCGAGGUACAACAGGAAAGAAAACUUGGAGUUAGUCAAGAGGGCACUAGCACACAAUUGGGAUGUUGACCUUACAAUCAACUGCAGGGAGGACCUAAUUCUAGAUGGCUUUUUUAAGGUGUCUGGUACAGCAGCCAAGUUGGGAGGCCAUCGGACGUACCACCAUUUUACUCUCCUAGUUGAUGUUGACGUGGAGCGACUCACUACCUUGCUGCAGUCACCAAUGAUUGGUGUAAAAAGCAAAUCAACAGAGAGUGUUCCUGCAAAUGUACGCAACAUGGUUGAGUCAGCACCCUCUAUGGACAUCCCUUCAAUCGUACAGUGUAUUGGGGACAAGUUUCUCCAUCAGAACAUACCUCAGGGAAAGUGUUCAAUACAGUACAUCAGUACAAUCACAGAUGCAGAUUUUCCAGGUGUUUCCACAAAAAUCAAAGAAUUAAAGAAAUGGGAUUUUAUUUUUGCAAAAACACCUCCAUUCUCCAUCAUCAAGUCCUACACUAAAGUGAUUGAUGGUGGAAAGGUUGAUCUUGACCUCAAUAUUGAUAUAGUUAAAGGUAAAAUUCACAAGAUCAACAUGAAUCUCACAAGAGGAGAAGGAGCAGCAGUUAUUGAUCACAAUCAUCUUGAACAAUACCUUCUUGAGUUGACUAAUAAGCGCUUGAACAAACAAGAGUUAUCUCCCCCUUUUCAAGCUUUGAUCACCAAGGCCAGUUCUGAAACUGAGAGUGUGGUAUCACGUUCACAUGUUCAGUGGGUUUUGGAAUGUAUAAGAAAGUCAUUGGUUAGUGAAUAAAGGUUAAAGGUUUGCAA